AUGUGCGGCCGCUACGCCCUCUCCCUGCGGCCCUCUCAAGUCCGCCAACGCCUCGCGGACCAAAAUAUGCCGGCGGAAGAAGCACCGGACGACGACGACGACCGAGUCCGACCGAGCUACAACUUCGCUCCGGGAUAUCAGGGCCUGAUAUAUCGCGCUCAGGGCUAUCAGACUGGUGGGCCUUCCCCCAAACGAACAAAACUCUCCCAUCCCCCUUCCACCCAAUCAAUUCAACACCCUACCCCCGCCGCCGACAACCACCCAACAACCUACAUCCUCCAAUCCGCCAAAUGGGGCCUCAUCCCCUCGUGGACCAAACGCCCGCCCGACUACGCCUCCCAACUCCGCACGAUCAACUGCCGCGACGACUCGCUCGCGCGCGAGACGGGGGGCAUGUGGAAGAGCAUGAAGCUGCGGAAACGGUGCGUCGUGGUGGCGGAGGGGUUCUACGAGUGGCUGAAGAAGAAUGGGGGCAAGGAGAAGGUGCCGCAUUUUGUGCGCCGGGCGGAUGGGGGGUUGAUGUGUUUUGCGGGGUUGUGGGAUUGUGUGAGGGGGAAGCGGGGGGAGGGUCGGGGGGAGGGGUUGUAUACGUAUACCAUUGUUACGACGGACCCGAAUAAGCAGUUGCAGUUCCUGCACGACCGGAUGCCCGUCAUCCUUGAGCCUGGCAGCGCGGAGAUGAAGUUGUGGCUCGAUCCCACAAAGGUGGAAUGGGAUCGGAGUUUGCAGCGGAUGUUGAAGCCUUUUGAGGGAGAGUUGGAGGUGUAUCCGGUGGAUAAGGCGGUGGGGAAGGUGGGGAAUAAUAGUAAGGGUUUUGUGGUGCCGGUGGAUAGCAAGGAGAACAAGAAGAAUAUUGCGAAUUUCUUUGGGAAGCAGAGGGAGAAGGGGGUGAAGGGGGAGGGGGAGCAUGAUGGCGAGCACGAAGGUGGAGAGAAGGUGGGGGGAGAGGCAGGCGAGGGGGAUGGGGAUGAGAAGCGAGUCACGUCCAAAGUUGAGGAUCCAGAGACCAAUGCUCCGUUGCCGAAACCUGAGGGUCAAGCGGACGGAGAGCUGGAGCGCGCGAUGAAGCGGGAUCCUGACGAGGAGGUGGGAGCGGAGGACAGUCCGGUGGCGAAGAAGAUGAAGAAAGAAAUGUCCGCUUCGCCUGUGAAGAGUUCGCCGACGAAAAGCACGCCGAACACGGCAAAGACGAGGAGUGCGACGAGCAAUGCGGCGAAGGCGAAGAAGAAGGAGACGCCGACGAAGGAGGGGAAUGCGAGGAUUACGGCGUUCUUUGGCGGCAAGUGA